AUGUCACGACAAAUCGACACAAUGCACAUGCCCUUAAAGAGGCGCAACAUGAAGGUUGUCAUCGUGAGCGCCAGCCGCGCGAUGCAAAUGCUGGGCUAUAGCCCGUACCACAUGAAGGAAGUGCUUCUUCAUGGCAGCGGGCACAUGAAGGUUCUCAUUGAGGCCAUUCGUGCGGAACACAACAGGUUUUCCGGCAUCCAGAGAUACCGCAAAGAGGACUACGCAAAGUGGUUCGCCAAUUACGACUGCUUGAUCGAGGUGCCUUUCUUCAUGGGCUCGGAAGCAAUCGAGGCCUACGUUGACGACCCAGACGUCAAGUUUAUCCUCACCGAGCGAGACCCCGACAGGUGGGUUAGUUCGAUCAACAACACUGUGGCGGGUGUGGUGCAAAUGGCUUCAGCCUUCCCGAUCCGCUUGCUCAAACACUUCAACGACGACCUUUAUUAUUUCUUCCUGCUCAAUGAGCUCAUUUACGCCUCAAUUUCCGAUUGCACCUUGCCCGGCGAUGCGGAGAACAGACCCAACAUGCGACGGAACUACAUGUCGUAG